AUGUCCAGCGAGACCGGCGUGAGAGACGCAUUCGCGAAAGCGUGGGAGAAGGCGUGCUCGCUGAACGACGCCGUGUUCGUGGUCACCGCCAACCGCCGCUACAAGGUAGGCCCGAUCAGGUUCAUGGGACCGUGCAAGGAGAGGCUGGUGAUCCUGAUCCACGGCACCAUCGUGGCGCCGGAGGAGCCGUCGGAGUGGGACCCCAAGAGCCCACGCCUAUGGCUUCUCUUCGGCGGCCUCGCCGGCGCGCGCAUCCAGGGCGGCGGCGUCAUCGAUGGCUCCGGCUCCAAAUGGUGGGCCAACUCGUGCAAGAUCGACAGGUCCAAGCCGUGCAAGGCCGCCCCGACGGCGGUGACCAUCGACUCGUGCUCCGGCGUGCGUGUCCGCGGCCUCCACAUCCAGAACGCGCAGCAGAUGCACCUGACGGUGUCGCGGUCGCGCGCCGUGCGGCUGGACAAGAUGGCCAUCACGGCGCCGGGGGACAGCCCGAACACCGACGGCAUCCACGUCGCGGAGUCCACCGCCGUGACCAUCACGAGCUGCCGCAUCGGCACCGGGGACGACUGCAUCUCCAUCUCCAACGCCAGCUUCGCCGUCAAGAUGAGGGGCAUCGUGUGCGACCCGGGCCACGGCAUCAGCAUCGGCAGCCUCGGCCAGGGCGGCUCCUACGCCGCCGUCGAGGGCGUCUCCCUCGACAACGCCCGCAUCGCCCGCGCCCAGAACGGCGUCCGGAUCAAGACGUGGCAGGGCGGCGCCGGGUACGUCCGCAACGUCCGGUUCUCCAACGUGCUCGUCGACGACGUCGACCACCCCAUCAUCAUCGACCAGUUCUACUGCGACCAGAAGACGCCGUGCGCGAACCGGAGCACGAACGUGCAGGUGAGCAACGUGGUGUACCGGAACAUCACCGGCACGUCGAGGCGGGCGGAGGCGAUCAAGUUCGCGUGCAGCGACGCCGUGCCCUGCAGCGACAUCGUGCUCAGCAACAUCAACUUGUUACGGGAGGACGGCUCCGAGGUGCAGACAGUGUGCAACUGCGCCAUGGGGUUCGACUAUGAGCCGGUUCGGCCUGCCGCGGACUGCCUCAGAAACAGCGAGUGCAACGGUGGCGGGGACAAGAAGGUCGGCGGCGAGGAGCCAAAGGCCCUGCCGCUACACACCGAGCUGUGA